ACUCCUGAGUCUCUCCUGGCCAUGGGCCCGCGGAGCCGCGAGCGUCGGGCAGGGGCAGUACAGAAUACCAACGACAGCAGCGCCCUCAGCAAGAGCUCUCUGGCCGCGCGCGGGUACGUGCACGACACCUUUGCCGCGUUGCUAGUUCCGGGGACUGCGCGCCGCGCGCCUCUCAUCCACCGCGGCUACUACGUCCGCGCACGCGCCGUGCGGCACUGUGUGCGCGCCUUCCUGGAGCAGACGUGCGCCGCCCCGGGCGCGCCUCGCGGCCAGGUUGUGUCGCUGGGCGCCGGCUCGGACUCGCUGUAUUUUCGCCUCAAAAGUGCCGGCCGCCUGGCCGGGGCUGCGGUCUGGGAGGUAGAUUUUCCCGACGUGGCGCGGCGCAAAGCGGAGAGGAUUCGAGAUAUGCCGAAGCUGCGCGCGUUAACGGGACCCUUCCAGAGUGGGGACCCCGCGUCACCGCUGUGCUUUGAGAGCCCGGACUACCGCAUCCUGGGCCUGGACCUGCGGCAGCUCCCUCAGUUGGACCGGGCCCUGGCCGCCGCGGGCCUUGACGCGGCCGCACCCACCCUGCUCCUGGCCGAGGCCGUGCUGACUUACCUCGAGCCAGAUGAUGCCGCGGCCCUCAUCACCUGGGCGGCCCGGCGUUUUCCUAAUGCCCUUUUCGUGGUCUACGAGCAGAUGAGGCCGCAUGAUGCCUUUGGCCAGUUCAUGCUGCAACAUUUUCGGCAGCUGAAUUCCCCCCUGCACGGCCUCGACCGCUUCCCCGACGUGGAGGCCCAGCGGCACCGCUUCCUUCAGGCUGGCUGGACUGCCUGCAGUGCCAUGGACAUGAAUGGGUUCUAUCGCUGCCUUGUGCCCGCAGAAGAACGCGGGCGCAUGGAAAGGCUUGAACCUUUUGAUGAGUUUGAGGAGUGGCAUCUGAAGUGCGCCCACUAUUUCAUUCUGGCCGCUUCUAGGGGAGACGCUCUCUCCCAAACUCUGGUGUUUCCAUCUUCAGACGCCUUUCCUCGGGUGGAUCCUGCCGCCCCUUCAGGAAUCUUCCCUACCAUGGUAGUCACUAGUGACAGCCAGGGCCCAGACCUUAAGAGAUAUGGCCACAGCUCUGUCCUGUUGAGCUCAGGCAUUAUUCUCAGUGCGGGAGGAUUUGGAGUGCAAGAGGGAAGGCAUUGCCGAAUUAGCAAGUUUCACUUGCUCUCAAGAUAUUGUGACACUGAAUGGAAAGGCAACCAAAUAUGCGGUUGGGGGACUGGAGCUCAGUGGGAUGGACGGCUUUAUCAUACCAUGACAAGACUUUCAGAUACUCAGGUUCUGGUUCUGGGAGGGAGACUGUCCCCAGUAACUCCAGCCUUGGGGAUUCUCCAACUUCAUUUUUGUAAGAAUGAGAAUAAUAGCACUGAGAACCUAAAUGUAACAGUAACAAAGGCGGGCCCAGAAGAAGAUUCCACUUUGUCACGUUGGAGGCAUUCAACAACAGAAGUGUCCUAUGAGAACCAAAAAUAUUUGUUUGUGUAUGGGGGUCGAAGUGUGGUGGAACCUGUACUAAGUGACUGGCAUUUUCUGCAUGUGGGGACACUGGCUUGGGUCCGGAUCCCAGUGGAGGGGGAAGCACCUGAAGGUCGGCAUUCCCACAGUGCUUGCAGCUGGCAAGGGGGAGCCCUUAUUGCUGGAGGUCUGGGUGCUUCCGAGGAGCCACUGAGCUCUGUACUCUUUCUGAAACCAAUCUCUUGUGGAUUCCUCUGGGAAUCAAUAGUCAUCCAGCCUCCCAUUACCCCAAGGUACUCCCACACAGCUCAUGUGCUCAAUGGGAAGCUUUUGCUGGUUGGAGGGAUCUGGAUUCAUUCCUCCUCCAUUCCUGGAGUGACUGUUAUCGAUUUGACUACAGGAUUGAGCUCUGAGUAUCAGAUUGACACAGCGUGUGUGCCAUGGCCAUUAAUGUUACACAACCAUACCAGCGUCCUCCUUCCUGAAGAGCAACAGCUCCUGCUCCUUGGAGGUGGUGGGAACUGCUUUUCCUUUGGCACCUACUUCAACCCCCAUACAGUGACAUUAGACCUUUCUUCCUUAAGUGCUAGGCCGUAAGGACUGGACUUUUGGUAUAUUCAGGACCACUAAUUAGACAAUAAAGAUUUCCACAAAUAGGA